UAUUACGGCAGUAAUAUUCACUAAGAAGGUGCUGUGAUUUAAGGAUUGAAUACUUUUGUUUGAAAUCUUGUUCGGAACACUUUUAACCAGUGUUUCUAUGAGUGCACUUGACAAUAGAUGAGAGUGGAAAUGAAUUAUAAAUUACACUCUUUUAUAAUAUUAUUGUGCAUUCUCAUUUUCAAUUUGCACAAACCAAUGACGACAUGCGCCAUGUAUUCUAAAUACUUCAAUAUGCCGAUGGAGGAUCCGUUCUAUGAUCUGGAACCAAAUGCGCUUUUCGAAAGCAAGCGUUCGAUGACCUGUGAUUCGUGCGGCAACGAGUGCACGAAUGCUUGUGGCACGAAGAAUUUUCGCACCUGUUGUUUCAAUUAUUUGCGUAAGCGAAACGACCCCAACGCCAUGAAAUCGUUCAGUAAUAAGCGUCUCAUCGACUUUAUACUUCUACAAGGUCGCGCCGCAAUGUACACCUUGGAUGAACAUAACAACAGCGGUGGAAGAGUUAAGAAUGCUGAUGGCGCAGGCUUGGAUUCAGACGAGAAGACUUAUGAUUCCACUGGCAGCAGAAGACGAAUGGGCGGAGGCACAACUUUUCCACACAGAGUUGAGUAAAGUGGUUUCCAGUAUGGACGAUGUUACAUUUUGAGACUCUGAAACUCUCAUUUCUGGCUGGUCUGAAAGGACCAGCUCAAAAAUAUCUGCUGCUUGAAAUGUUGUUUUUAUAAGGAAUAAAUAGCAAUUGCUUUCUAAAAAGCUUGAUUUAAGUGAU